UACAGUUUGGCUAAACUUGAAUAACAAUAUGACAACAUAAUAUUGAUAUAAUCAAAAUAUUAUUCACUUGUAUAUUAUUUUAAGUAAUACAUAAAACAUUAUGUAGGGAUGCUUAUUUUUACAGUAUAUUUGUAUUGCAUCAUAUGUGGGCUAUAAUCACAUUAUUGUAGGCCAAAUGUAAUAUUUUGCUAAAAUCUUAAUACAAAUUUAUAUUAUAGCAUCAUGAAUAAUAUGACGGCAUAGUAAUGACAGCUAUGAUAAAAACAGUAUGCAGUUCUGCAGUCCACUGAAGGGUCUAUAAGGCAGAGUGUGUUUUGUUAUGAGGAUACUGUAGGUGUGUGUGUGUGUGUGUGUGUGUGAUGAGGAUAAUCCGUGUAACCCUUUCGUGUCCGCGGAUCUUCCAGCGCCUCCAUCUGCGGCACUGACUUGUUUAUUUCUUGCAUUUGCCUGAACAGGCUCGAGUCUCCUUUAAAUAUCGCCCGCUGUUCCUGCACGAGAAGCCCGAAUGUGAACUGAGACGAUGCUUCCAGCCGACAUUAGCCCGAGAUCCGGCAUGGCAGCGGCCGGUGCUGAUGAGAGACGCCGCGGAUCCCUGCUCUUCCUCAGCAGCAGCAUCAUCAUCGGCGUCUGAAGCGCACCCAUCAUGCUCGUUCUCCGUGUGUGAAUCGCCGCGUUUCUGGGCUGAGAUGGUUCGGGUCGUCAGUGUUUUGGGUCUGGUGAUGUUCAGCGUCGCUUUGCUCAUUUUAUCGCUGAUCAGUUACGUGUCCAUCAAGAAAGACUUCAUCUUCACCGCCCCGAAAUACGCCAACGCCGGCGGGCCGCGGAUGUACAUGUUCCACACGGGCUUUCGGUCCCAACUGGCCAUGAAGUUCCUGGAUCCCGCGUUCACGUCGCUGAAUAACGCGCUCAACGAGAACCUGCAGGAGUCCAGCAGCUGGAGGUUCAACAAGAGCGCUUAUUUACAGCAGAGUAAGGAGAUCGCCCAGUACAUCGACGUCCCGCACAACUUCACGUUGACCAAGAGCAGCGUUCGCGUGGGUCAGCUAAUGCACUACGACUACUCCAGUCACAAAUACGUCUUCUCCAUCGGCGAGAACCUCAGGUCUUUGCUCCCGGACGCGUCUCCGGUCCUCAACAAGCGCUUCAACAGCUGCGCGGUGGUGGGGAACAGCGGCAUCCUCACGGGCAGCCGCUGCGGCGCGCAGAUCGACGGCUACGACUUCGUCUUCCGCUGCAACUUCGCGCCCACCGAGGUCUUCCGCCGCGACGUGGGCCGCCGGACCAACCUCACCACCUUCAACCCCAGCAUCCUGGAGAAGUACUACAACAACCUGCUCACCAUCCAGGACAGGAACAACUUCUACCUGAGCCUGAAGAAGCUGGACGGAGCCAUCCUGUGGAUCCCCGCCUUUUUCUUCCACACGUCGGCCACCGUCACGCGCACGCUCGUCGAUUUCUUCGUGGAGCACGAGGGCCAGCUGAAGGUUCAGUUAGCCUGGCCCGGAAACAUUAUGCAGUACGUCAACAGGUAUUGGAAGACGAAGCAGCUUUCCCCGAAGCGUCUGAGCACAGGGAUCCUGAUGUUCACGCUGGCCUCGUCUCUGUGCGAACAGGUGCACCUGUACGGAUUCUGGCCCUUCGGCUGGGACCCGAACACGGGCAAGGAGCUGCCCUACCAUUACUACGACAAGAAGGGCACCAAGUUCACCACCAAGUGGCAGGAGUCGCACCAGCUGCCCACCGAGUUCAAACUGCUCUUCAAGAUGCACGCGGACGGCGUCCUCAAACUCAGCCUCUCACACUGCGCCUGAGGUCAGAGGUCAGGCUCAAAGGUCAGCGGUCAGGAUGCGGGGUCGUUCGGUUCGGCUAAUGGACGCUUGUCGUGAUAGCUGCGGAUUUUAUUUCUGUAACUAUCGACGUGGAGCUAAUGAUAUCAGUGUUAGUAUUGACACCAUCAGUGAUAGAAAGGAAAAGCUGGUGAAACUUUACAAUAAGGUGACAUUAUUUAACACACAUUUCCUGCAGUAUUUAUUAAGAUUUGUUAUUGUUAGUUAAUAAAAUACAGCUGCUCAUUGUUAGUUCAUUCUAGCUAUGGCAAAAAGAAAUUAGAUUUUUAAAUAUAUUUUAAAAUAUACAAAAAAUGGACAAAAAAUUAUAAUCAUUUAAAAAUAUAUUUACUUAAAUAUAAUUUCUUCCAGUACAUUUUUGGCUAUUUUUAAAAUAUAACUUUGUCUCUGAUUUGGUAAUUUAUUAAAAAUACAAAUGCUUUUUGUUAGAUCAUGUUAGCUCUUACAUUUGGCAAAAAAAUAUUUUAAAAUAUUUUUUACAUAUAUUUUAAAAUAUACAAAAAUGGCCAAAAAAUAAUAAUAAUUUUAACAUAAAUUUAUGUGUGUUUUUUUUUUUUUUUAAAUAUAACGUCAUUAUUGUUAUUUAUUUAAAAUACACCUGCUCAUUGUUAAUUCAUGUUAGCUCACCCAUAUGGCAAAAUAGAAAUAAUAUUUUUAAAUAUAUUUUAAAAUAUACAAAAAAAUUGCCAAAUAAUUAUAUAUAUAUAUAUAUAUAUAUAUAUAUAUAUAUAUAUAUUUUAAUAUAACUUAGUUUUCAUCAUUGUUAUUUAUUAAAAAUGCAACUGCUUAAUUGAUUGCUCAUGUUAGCUUGUGCAUAUGGCAAAAAAACAGUAAAUAUAUUUUUAAAUGUACUAAAAAUAGCCAAAAUAUUAAUAACAAUUUUCAAAUAUAUUUACGUAAAUACAUUUUCUACCAAUAUAUUCUUUUGGCCAUUUUUACAAUUUUGUUAUUGUUAGUUACUAAAAAUACAACUAUCAUGUUAACUACAAAAAACAAAAUGUAAUUGUUUUUUAAAUAUAUUUUAAAAUACUAAAAAAAAUGGCCAAAAAAAAAAAGUAAUAAAUUGAGAAUAUAUUUACAUGAAUAUGUUUUCUACCAAUAUAUUUUUUGGCCAUUUUUGAAAAAUAUUUUUUAAAAAUGUUGCCCUCCAUAUAUUUCAGUGCAGUGAUGUCACAUCUGAAGAAAAACUUUAUUUGUUGUCAAGAUGCGUGAACAUUUCCAUGUAGCAAAAGAAAUGUAUUUAAAAAUGUAUUUUCUUGCCCCUAAAAUACAUUUUAAAAUAUAUUUUGGUAUAUGAAGGUUAAAACAAAAUAAUUGUACCAUUUCAAAAAUAUAUUUAAUUGAUUUUGAUUUUUUAGCAAAUGCUUCAGAUGUUUUUUCAUUGUUGUUUCAUGUUAACUAAUACAAUUAACUAAGUUAACUAAUGGAAUCUUAUUGUAAAGUUGUUUCUGCUCAAAGCUUUUAUCAAUUCAGUUCAUCAAAUGGCUGAUUUUGACAAUGUAAUAACCCGAAUAUAAUGCAAAUAUAAUGCACAUCAAAGACAUGCUUUAAUUAAGGUUUCUUUUGAGUAUUUAUCUACACUUAAGGUGGACUCGAGUUAGAAACCACCUAGCAAUCAACGACGACACCCUAGCAACCGCUUAGAAACACCCAGCCAAUGACCUACAAUACAAUCAAACACCACGCACAUUUUCUUCAGAAAGUCUAGUUUUGUAUAUAGUCGGAGAAGGGCAAGGAUGACGCUUAUUUUCUGCAUGGAUUACUAGGUAAUGUUGUUGAAUUAUUAUAUAGACACAGUUAAGUCGAUUCGAAGCGUUUAAUUGGACACAGCCUGUUUCAAUCAAUCAGAUUUCCACCAGUGUGAAGCCACUGGGCGGGGCUUCCUCAGCGAGAGGCUGUGAUUGGCUCGUGAGGACUGCAGAAAUAUCAAUGUUUACUUUACAUAUAGUAUUGUUUAUGAAUGAUGUCAUUUUAUGUGUUUAUAAAUGUUUAUUAUUUGUAUGUGUGCUGAAAACCAGGUGUCACGUCGUCUUUAACAUUUAUUCCUCUCUUUUUAAUAUACAGCAUUUUGUUUUAUAAUAAUAUGAUAAUAUUAAAACACUACAUAUGUAUUGCUAAAGUUUGUGCUAGAGUUGUUUGUUUUUCGGACUUUUCUGUACCCAUACGGCAAAAAAAUAUAUUUUAAAAAUAUAUAUUUUAAAUAUAUAUUUCAAAAUAUUCAUAAAAAUGGCCAAAAAAUAUAUUUGUAAAUAUAUUUUCUACCAAUAUAUUUUUUGGCCAUUUUAAAAAUAUAUUUUAAAAAUGUAAAUAUAGUUUUUAAAAACAUUUAAAAUAUAUAUUAAGCCCUCCACAUAUUUCAGUCCAAAAAAAAAAAAAAACAUUCAUGUAUGUCACGUUUGAAUAUCAGAUAUUUGAAUAAAAAUAUUUAAAAAUAAAACUACUGUUGAAUUUUAAAAUAUAUUUUUGUGUAUGAAGGCUGAAAUUAAAUACACUUUUAAUUUCAAAAAUAUAUUCCGUUGAGCUUCACUGUUUACUACAUAUAUUUAGCAUAUAUUUAAAAUAUAUUUUGGCCAAAAAUAAGUAUGUUUUUUUUGCCGUACGUGUAAGAAUGAACCGAAUGCAGUGACCAAACUGUUUUGAUGUGAAACUUUAUUUAAUGAAAGGCAGCAGAAGCUUCUUUAUAAUCAUUAUUUGUAUACUGAAUGCGUUUAAUGAUGUUUUCUAGUUAUCCAGCAUAAAUUCUACAUUAUGUCGUUUAUUUAGCCUGACAGUGAUUUGCAAAAAUGUUUUCCACAUGCAAAUGUGUUUUUGCAUGACCAAGCGGAUUAACAAACAAAUUGAUUGGCUGAGAUGAUUAACAGGCGACGUGAUUGGCCGAGGCAGUUCUGGCCUGAUCAUAUUACUGAAGAUCCAUUUGCAAAACGCUGAACGUCUCCAAAGUUUCUCUGAACUCGUUUGUCAGUUUGAUGAAUCUGUCUUGCUUAUUUGUCUGUUUAUCACUGAUAGUAAUGUUGUUAAGGUCGUUUCUUUUUCAGUGUGUGAUGCAUAUGCUGUAUAAACAUCUAAAUCGUCGUGUUUUUGCUAAAAAAGGAAACGAAUGUUAAAAGCCUUUAACACCCAAAAAACAGUCUGACCAACAUAAUGACAUUUACCAAAGAGCUUCACAUGCAAAAGUCUGUCAGUUGACGUCUGAACGUCUCGUGGGGAUCAUGAUUUUUUUCUGAUGCAAGUUUUUGUUUUAUUUGUAAAAUUAUUUUAAAAGUAUGGAAAAACCACCUGAAACAGUUUCAAUAAUAUUAUGAUAUUAUUGCUCACACUAAUAUUAUUGCUUAUUGCUCCAAAUAUUGGUUGUACUGUAUAUAUAUAUACAGUGUUAUUAUUUUUUCUUUUUUUUCUGUGACCAGGAACAUUUCUUUUCAAAGAAAUUAAUUAAUUCUUAUAUUUAGCAAAGAUGCAUUAAAUUGAUCUGAAGUGACAGUACAGACAGUAAUAAGCAUAAAAUUAAUUGUAAAAGUGUGCAAAACACAAAUAUAUAAAAAAAUAUUUACAGUAAAAUUAUUAAAUGAAUUGUAAAAGUAUGCAAAACACAAAAAAAGUGUUUACAUCCAAACUUUUUAACUUAAUAUU